AUGGCGGCCGCGAUGUUCCGGAGCCUGUUGGUCUCCGCGGCCCAGCAGCGGCCUCCGGCCCCGGGCCCGGGCGGGACCCCGCGGGAGCAGCCGCCCGGCGGCCCCGCCCCCGACACGCUGGAGGCGCAGUUCAGCUGCCCCAUCUGCCUGGAGGUGUAUCACCGGGCCGUGUGCAUCGCGGGCUGCGGCCACACAUUUUGCGGGGAAUGUUUGCAACCAUGUCUCCAAGUGCCAUCUCCUCUUUGCCCGCUCUGCCGCAUGCCCUUUGACCCCAAAAAGGUGGAGAAGGCCUCCAAUGUGGAGAAGCAGUUGUCCUCCUACAAGGCUCCCUGCAGAGGGUGCAGUAAGAAGGUGACCCUAGCGAAGAUGAGAUCCCACGUUUCAUCCUGCGCUAAGGUUCAAGAGCAGAUGGCCAACUGCCCAAAGUUCGUUCCAGUGGUCCCAACUUCCCAGCCCAUUCCCAGCAAUAUUCCAAACCGUUCCACUUUUGUCUGCCCUUACUGUGGAGCCCGGAACCUGGACCAGCAGGAGCUGGUCAAGCACUGCAUGGAGAACCACCGCAAUGACCCCAACAAAGUGGUGUGCCCAGUCUGUUCAGCGAUGCCCUGGGGGGACCCCAGCUACAAGAGCGCCAACUUCCUGCAGCAUCUCCUACACAGGCACAAGUUCUCCUAUGACACCUUUGUGGACUAUAAUAUCGAUGAAGAAGCAGCGUUGCAGGCUGCGUUGGCGCUCUCCCUCUCGGAGAACUGAAGGCGACUGCUGAGCAGCGGCGUGGAUCCUUUGCACAGGUCGCCUUUCCGCUAGGAGAGGUGUGACACUUGUUAAUCCCUCUGCAUUCCCUAGAGAUUAGGCAGCCCAUCUCUGGUUAAAUCGCACCUUGUUUAAUAAGGUGGAAUCUUUCGUUGCACAAUGAAAUGGUGAGCGAGCAUGAUCUGGUGAGAGUGACACCUGCUGGAUGGGAAGAGGCAAAGGCGACCUUACCAAAUGUUUGUUUUUUCCAAUUGGGCAUUUCAUCUCCAUAUACGGAGUAUAUAUCUCUCUCUAUUUAUUAUUAGAUGCUUUUUGGCACCGUUGCUCCUCUUAUUUGUUGCAGUUAAUGGGUACGUAAAACAACGAUGCAUUUUAUGUAAAAUGCCCUAGCGUUCAAUUCUUAUCAUCCAGGGGUGGUGGUUGUUUUUUUAAAGCGUUGAGCGUUUUUGAACCUCGUAAGAGUAUUUAUUGAGAUGUUGGCCCUCCACCCUCCCGAGGGCAUGAGCGGUCUGUUGCUCAGCUCUGUUGCCGCUGCUCACGGAAGGCCAGAGGCAACGAAGCGCAUUGGGCUAAAUCUGGGAGCGAAUCGGCUGCGCUCAGAUACCGUGAUGACAGGUCUAUUAAAAAGAGCUAGGUAGAAAUGGGAAGGAAUCCUGAACUGUCCUGCCACUGGCAUUCUUUCACCUUGCUCAUUUUGUACUGGCUUUUGUGAUACUAGAGUUCUUGCAUUUUUUCUACAUUAAUCGGUGUGAGACCUUUUCACGUUUUAUAGAGCAAAAAAAAGCAGUUACUCUUCAUAUUGCAAUAUUUGUGUUUGACUAGGAACAAUAGUAUUUUUAUGGAACCUUAUUAAGAAAAAAAUUAUAUUUUUUAAACACAUGCUGUGGAUUCAAGAACUGGUGGGGUGGGGAACUGCUGGAACCUGGAAUUGAGAGGGGGCUCUUUUCCAUUCGCGCCUGAGCAACAGAAAGGUUGCAUUGUUCCGUAUUUAUUUUGGGGGGUCAAUUACUUUUUUUUUUUUGCAAAUAAAGAUGCUGAUGUGCAGCCAUGCUGGAUCAGACAUGUGACCCAAGCAUGGGAGGGCGGUACUCGGAGUUACUCACCAGGCAUUAACGGGGGUGUUGGUCAAUGGAUCAAGUCCACUUCUGAAAGAAAAUAAAACCUGUGAAUAAGCUAUAAGCUGUGUGUGUCUCCAAGAUGCAAAGCCCUGUGAGUUGUACAGCAGAGGGGGUGUUCGCUGGGGCAACAGCCCCAUUAGCAUUACCAAGGAGCGGGCCAGUUAGCGUCUCGACUCCAGGCUGUUCAUUCGCUUCUGUCGGCAUGGACGGGCUGUUUGGCUGGGAUUGUGAGGGGGCUGAUCUGGUCCUAGCUUGGCAGACCUCAGUUCAGCAGUGGUCUGGUGUUUAGAAGUACAUGCAGUACAGCAUGACAAGCAGGCUGCCUUCCACUAUUAGUACUAACUUUAGGUCUCUUAAAGCUUUUGAUUGAUCCAUGAGUGCUAAUGUGUGUGAAUAUGGCGCCUAUAGUGUGCAAAUCCAGCCUCGGGCUGUGGCAUGUAAACUGGAGUUAGGGACUCAGAUUCUAGUCCCCUGUGGAGAAGGAAACCGAUGCUCCUCAGCAGCCGUCCAGAGAUUGGUUGGGUCUCUGUGAUCCUGGGGCAAAGAUUCGGGAGCUCACCGGGAGUGACACCAGUAGGAUAAUUUAUAAUAAACGUCACGCCCCAGAUUUUUUUUUCUGUUACAACUGUAAUUUUACAGCAUUAAAUCUUAUAAGGACAUGACUGCAAAACUCUCCAUUGGUGUGGAGUUACACCCAGCAUCUGGUGCUGGCCCCGUCUGAGACAGGGACACAACUCAACGGGCCCUUUGUCUGAGAGCGUGGCAGGUCCUGAAAUCAGAUAGAGAUCUGUUUGUAACCAACCAUUACAUACUGUGGGGUGGCUGAAACUUUGGCCUAGCUGCAUGCAUUCUUCCUUGGGGCCAGGAGGCUGUCUGGGCAUGCUCAGUUCCAUGCUCUUGCUGCAGUGUAGAAUCAGACCAGCUUAGUCUUUCUGCACUGUGAAGAUCACUUCCUCGUUUGCUCCUCAGACGCUGCAGGCGCCUCUCUGGGGAUAGGGCAGAUCUGACCAAAGGUUUGGGCUGAGCCUGUUUUUAAGGGAGUUGAAAUUCAUUUUGGAAUAGUAUGGCUAGCAAAGAAUGCUGGGAAACAGAAUGACUGGAGCAGGGUGCUCUCUCCAUGGCAGGGAGACGUGUGUAUUCAGUUAACUUGUCCAGCCAGCGCGGUUAGGAAGGAACUGCUGGGAGUUUUGACAGUGCAUUUCCCUGUCUAGUUUCUGCCCAGGUCUGUGACUUAAAUGUCAUUGGUGACAUUGCAUUGACUGUCGUUCAGUGGGUCUAUGUAAUACUGGUUUAAACCACCUCCUUGUACUGACUUGAGCCCUGAUGUUCCCUACCUUAGAUGCCAAGCCUCAGACUGAUGCUGCACACAGCCCCUUUCUUCCCAGCCAAGGAGAACUGGCCGCUUGUCAGUGGGCCAGUUCCCAUCCUAACUGACCUCUGGGAUCCCCAUUGCUGGAUCCUCCUUUCUGUAGGGACUGGACAUCCUACUCCACAGCACAAAACAAAGUUCCUGGCUGGUAUCCCCCAGCCCCUCUGUUGAUGAGCUCUGGGGAAGAGCCCUGUGGGAGGCAGGGCAAAAUCCAUCUAGGACCAUUUCAUUUCCCGUCUGCUAAGAGACAUCCUGUAGCCUCCCUAGCUAUAAAGCCAAAACGGGUAAAUCACAUACGGUCCUGCUUAGCAAGCUGGAACCCAGCACCCGCCUUUUCUAGGGAGCUGGGAGCUUCUCUCCUCCAGUGCCCUGGGAGGGGCAGUCCUGGUUAGGAACACAACCCAGCAAUAGAUACCUUGUCCACUCGCAACCUGUUGUGAAAUGUGAAGGGGCAGGAUUCAUCAGGUGCUGCGAUUCGCUCAUCCCAUGGGUGUUUGGGUGAUGCUGCACUUUCACAUUCAGGGUGUUUCAAGCCAGAAGAGGCCACUAGAACCUCUAGUCUGACCUAUGUAACGCAGGCCAUUAAACUUGUCCAAGCAUGAGGGGUUGGGUGGCUGGUGGCCAUGUGUUGGCCUCUUGGAAGGGGACCUUUCCUCCAUCUAUCUCGCUGUUCUUGCUUUAGCCGUUUUGCUUUCUGGCUCUGUGCCUGGUUCCUGUCCUUUCCCAUCACCGUUCAAAUCGGUCUCAUCACUGGAUUGCUUUUUUGUUCUCUAUUUGCUCUUUUAUCCUGUGACCUUUGUUAUUUGCCACCUGACCUAUCUCGAGUCCUUCCAUCUGCAGCAGUGCAGGAAGCUAUCCUAUAACCCCACCCAAGGGAAGGAGCAUUGCAGCUUGCUGACCUUCCAGCUCUUGGUCUCCCAAUAUGGACACAUUCUGCUACUAAAGUCCCUGGUUUAUGGUGGUCUAAUCUCUAGCACACUGGCUGAAGGCCACCUGGCGCUGUGGUACCUUGUGGAGGGAUCCCCUCGUUUUCUUAGGUGGGAUCUCCAUCUCCAAACCCUUAUUUAUCACCCUUUGCUCUAGCACACACGGUUAAACCUUUCUCCAGAAGAGCUGAGUGGCUCUGCUUGCCGCUGGUUUUGCCUGCUGACUCCUUUUUCCUUCAUUGCAAAGCAGCUGCCACCUCCCAGCAUGCUAGAACGCCACCUACUUUGCACCUCACUUUGAUAGUCUGGGACCAAUUGGCAGGCACCUAGCACUGGUGCAUUCCCUCUUAGGGAUGGGGUGCUGUGUUGGGUGAAAGUACCACUUCGCACUGACGCCUGUGGACUCUCAGGGGGUGCAUGGCAGCUAGCCAAUCUCCUGGCGUUUGGGAGCUGGCUUGUGCAGACCUUCCUUUCAGCAUUGCUCUGGCUGCAUGGUACUCACCAUCUGGCACCGCACCGUCGCUGCGAGCAGGUCCCCGGCCAUGCCAAAUUGUCUUGGGGGUGAUAUUUUAAACAUCUCAGUAGCCGCUUCGCUCCAAGCUUGAAGCUUAGUUUGUAAGUGGGUUACCCAUCAACGUAACUGAAUGCAAUUCCCUACUGCAAACCCAGGGACUGAUGGAGACUGCCCCCAAAUCACUGCCUUUGCAUGUAAGAUGAGAUUGGACAGGGAAACU